AUGGCCGACGAGGACAAUGAAGAGGAGCUGGCUUCCCAGACACCACUAGCUGCCACCAAAGCCAUCGACUCCAGCAGGUUGGCUGGUAAAGUGGCGGUCAUCACCGGCGCCGCGAGCGGCAUCGGCAAGGCGACGGCCGCGGAGUUCGUCAGGAACGGCGCCAAGGUCAUCCUCGCCGACGUGCAGGACGACCUGGGCCGCUCCGUCGCCGCGGAGCUCGGCGCGGACGCCGCCUACACCCGCUGCGACGUCUCGGACGAGGCGCAGAUCGCGGCGGCCGUCGACCUCGCCGUCGAGCGGCACGGCCACCUCGACAUCCUCUACAGCAACGCGGGCGUCUCCGGGUCCGCGUCCCAGGCCUCCGUGGGCGCGCUCGACCUCGCCGACUUCGACCGCGUGAUGGUGGUCAACGCCCGGUCGGCCGUCGCGUGCAUCAAGCACGGCGCGCGCGUCAUGGCGCCGGGCCGCCGCGGCGGCUGCGUCCUCUGCACGGCCAGCGUCAUCGGCGUGCUCAGCUUCGGCUCCCCGAUCCUCGCCUACGCCGUCUCCAAGGCCACCGUCAUCGCCGCGGUGCGCGCGGCCGCGGGCCCGCUGGCGCGCGACCGGGUGCGCGUGAACGCCAUCUCGCCGCACGCCAUCGCAACGCCGCUCACGGUGCGGUCCAUGGCCGAGAUGUUUCCCGGCGCCGGCGAGGACGCGCUGCGGCGGGUGGUGGAGGAGGACUGGAGCAAGCUGGAUGGCACCGUGCUGGAGGUGGAGGACGUGGCCAGGGCGGCGCUGUACCUGGCGUCGGACGAGGCCAGGUACGUGACCGGGCACAACCUCGUCGUCGAUGGUGGGUUCACCGCGUACAAGAGUGUCAGCAUGCCGUUCCUAUAGGUGCCGAGGAAGGAUCGCUGAACUCCAAACGUACGUGCUUUCGCACUUUAAGAGUGUUCGACACAUGGAUUGAUUUCCAUCUACCAAACGAGGAUCAC